CAUUUUCUAAUUUAAUUCCAAAGCUUGGAAGUGAGUUUGUGCGGGGAAGCAGGGCGACGGAAUUGGAUUUCGGUUUCGAAGGGCUCCCGGGGGCCUUCUGUGCGAUAAACAACGUAGCAGGGCAGGAGUGGAGGCAGGGACAUGGGGGGAACAUUGCCACGGCUGGAGGGGAGGAGGUUAGAGCCAGGUGGUGGUGAGAGAGAGACGUGAAUGGGUCCGAAGUAUCUCCAGGAACUUUGGAGAUGGACUCAGGAGGCUGGGGUAAGAGCGCAUCAUGGGGUGAUGGAGCAGGAGGACUCAGAAAUGAUUCUUCACUCUCUCUGCCCCAGAGUGAAUGCUUGGGUGAUUGAGCUGGUUGGCCUUCCCUUCAGGAGGGGAGAAGUAUCGAAUUAAAAGCUACUGGAUGACAGCAGCAGCUCAGAUUGUGGACCUGGACACCAAAAGGAAUCAGAACCGGGAGGGCCUCAGGGCCCUGCAGAAGGACCUCAGCCUCUCUGAAGAUGUGAUGGUUUGCUUCGGGAGCAUGUUUAUCAAGAUGUCGCACCCUCAGACAAAGGAGAUGAUUGAGAAAGGGAAGUUCUGGGACAUCAUCAGGACUCUCAGAAAUCGAUGUGGGCCAAACAAACUCAUCAGACACUGGAGUUCCUCAUGUACAGUGAGAAAUAGAACCAUUGCCCCGUCCACGAGGUUCGGCUGGUCAGAGUUGCUCCUGAUCGGAAAGAAGGGAGGUCUGUGGGGAAAACAGACUAGCCAGGAUGUCUGUUGUGAGCAGGUGGAGUUGGCCAGGUGACCUUAGUCGACCGAUCAUCAAGCUUUGACAGCUGCCUCUGUCAUAAUGCCACCACUUCUCUGGUGCAGCCUGUGACGUUAGGAUAACCUUUGCCACCCCUGGGGAUAAUUAGCUGAAGCCUGAUCAUUAGACUCAUCCACUGAUUGUUUAGGUCACGUGUUUCCACAAGCAUGAAAAAAAAAACCUUAGCCUUGCUGGAUCUGGGUUUGUAAAGUUCAGCCAUAUCGGACUCAGUGGUUGUAUCAGUGCAUCAUUUUGUUACUGCAUUUGGAUUUUCCAUAAUUUCACUGUAGCCUAAAAUCUUGACAUUGCCUCCUCCAUCCACUAACCACCCCAAAGUAAUGAAAAAAGGUCAGUGAACUAGGAAUCAGAGCUGGGUGUUCAGCCUGUCCUGGGCUUUCUGAGUGGUCUGGGCAGGUCAUGUCCCUUCUAGCCUUUCCAGUUGGUCUGUAAGGUCCCCCUUUCCUUCCUGAAUGCUAAGAGCCCCUACUCUCGCGGGGCCUGGGGAGAGGUUGACGUCCCCGCUCCCGAGCUCAAUCUGUGUGUAGUAUGACCUCAGCCUCUGUUUGCUCAUCCCCU